AUGCAGGGACCUGCAACAAACAGUGGCACUACACCUAAAAUGGCGGAAGCAGCAUGCUCCCCCAAUACUCACAGUGAGCAGCCAGACAUAGAGCACCGGCUGGACAGGGCCUUCCAGACUCUAUGGGACAAGCUGGAAGCCCUUAUGUUCCCGGAGAACACUAAGGCAGUGCCUGUCAUCAAGCCACGUACUCACCCGAGUGAAACCAAACAGGUGCAGGCACGGACACCUCGAGUACUGAGCCGACCAGAAGGUCGGAAGCAGCGAGACACUCACCAGCGGCAGGAGACCGAAGACCUGUCAGGCGGCAAUAGGAACCGGCAAGAAAUCGUGCGGACACACACCAGCCCGAUCUCCCACCAACCUAACAGAGAGGGCCUGUCCCCAAUGAUCAUGGCAGAAGGGCUGGAGAAAUGGGAGACUGCACAGCAAGUACCCCCGCCAGCGAUCAUCAACUUUGCCGCCAAGCACAGCUCACUUACAGCGGAGCCGACUUUACACGCACAUCCUGCAGCGCGGCGGCAUCGAAGAGGGAACACAGAAGACACUCAGCAACAAGCCACAAAGAGCGAUGUCCAACUACCUCUCAGGGCACACACCAACCUCCAGAGGCACAGAUGUGGCAGGCUUACCCCGACAGGGCUGCAGCCCAAGGGACUCGAUAGCUACACCGCAAGGCAACACCACGGGCAACAGCAGCCUCAACGAGGCAUUGGGUGA